GCAGUACGCCAUGCCAGCUAGCACGGACACUCAAACUUAAUAUGUUCUAUGCUUAGUCUUGAUAAGUUUGUGUUUUGUGUGACGAGUUUGUCCGUUUUCACCUUAAGGAACAAAUUUAUUUCAAUUAUUCUAGUUAGAAUAACAUAUGUAUCAUAGGGUAACAUUUUUGAACCUGAAUAUAGCCUAAUCCUAGAACUGACACACCUUAGCGGACUGCAGCCAUCAUUAAAUGCCUUCUCUGCGGUAACGUGUCGGGGAAAUGUACCUAUGUUUGUGGCAAGGGUUGCAACAGGAGGGCUGAAAAUCACAGCAGCAUGUCAGCAUGGAGCCUCUGGGGCUGCAAGAGCCCUCACCGCUCCUGCACUUCAAAGAGCCUGUUUCUCUACCAGCAGUUGCAGAUGGGCCCCUGCUGUCACUCAGCCUGCUCCUGCUUUUAAGGCCACAGCUGUCCAGAAUGGGGAGUUUAAGGAGAUGAGCCUCGCUGAUUUCAAGGGCAAAUACCUGGUCCUUUUCUUCUACCCACUGGACUUCACCUUCGUGUGCCCGACAGAGAUCAUUUCAUUCAGCGACAAGGCCAGCGAGUUCCACGACAUCAACUGUGAGGUGGUGGGUGUGUCCGUGGACUCCCACUUCACCCACCUGGCAUGGAUCAACACUCCACGCAAGGCUGGAGGCUUGGGCCACAUCCACAUCCCCCUGCUCUCAGACCUCAACAAGCAGAUCUCUAGAGACUAUGGGGUGCUGCUGGAGGGUCCAGGCAUUGCACUGAGGGGCCUGUUCAUCAUUGAUCCAAAUGGUGUGGUGAAGCACAUGAGUGUGAAUGACCUGCCAGUGGGCCGUUGUGUAGAAGAGACUCUUCGCCUGGUGAAAGCGUUCCAGUUUGUGGAGUCUCACGGUGAAGUGUGUCCGGCCAGCUGGACCCCUGAGUCCCCAACGAUCAAACCAACCCCAGAAGGAUCCAAGGAGUACUUUGAAAAAGUCAACUGACAAAGUUCACAACACUUUCAGCUAAAGCAGUCAAUAAUACAAACUUAAAAAUAAAUGAAACUCCUAGUAUACAGUCUAGGAAGUUGUCUUUACUCAUACGCAGCUGAAUACGCUAAUAAAUCUAUUCUUUAUAUACAA